GGGAUCACCGCGCUGUACGAAUAUUGCCGGUGUGGCGCGUAUGAUAACUUUUCUCGUGAGAAGUAGGUGUCUGUCGUGUUUCAACAUUCUUCCUUGUUCUACUUACAAAAUGUCGGCUGCUGCGGUAGAAAAUAGUAAACUCAUGUCACAACAGAAUGAGGUUCUCAAGAAAAAUGAUGCGAUGAAAGAGGACUCAAUUGACGCCACAAGUUACCAUGAAAUGCGAAAAAAUGCAAUUUCGGAGCUCAAAAAGAUUCAGAAAAAUCCAUAUCCACACAAAUUCCACUCAUCUAUCUCACUUGCUGAGUUCAUUCAAAAAUAUUCAUCCUUAAGUCCUGGAGAGCAUUUGGAUGAUAUUUCGGUCAGUUUAACAGGACGUGUUCAUGCAAAGCGUUCGGCUGGAUCCAAACUAAUUUUCUAUGACAUCCGAUCAGAAGACUGUCGGUUGCAAGUCAUGGCAAAUAUUCGUUUCUACAAGUCAGAAACUGAGUUCCAUGACAUAAAUGAAGUGAUUCAUCUGGGUGAUAUCAUUGGCUGUGUCGGUUCACCAGGUAAAUCCAAACUUGGUGAAUUAAGCAUCAUACCUCACGAAAUCAAACUUCUGUCUCCGUGUUUAUAUCAACUUCCACACAUGCAUUAUGGUGUUAAAGACAAAGAAACCCGUUUCCGUCAACGCUAUUUGGAUCUCCUCAUGAAUGAGGAUGUACGACAACGUUUCAUAACACGGGCUCGCAUAGUUAAUUACGUCCGUAGGUUCUUAGAUGAUCUUGGAUUUUUAGAGGUUGAAACUCCUAUGAUGAACUCGAUUGCUGGUGGAGCUGCAGCAAAGCCGUUUAUCACUUAUCAUAACGAUUUAAAUUUGAAUUUGUAUAUGCGCGUCGCACCAGAACUUUACUUAAAAAUGCUUGUUAUUGGAGGGCUCAAUCGUGUCUAUGAACUUGGUCGUGUGUUCAGGAAUGAAGGUAUUGACUUAACUCAUAAUCCAGAGUUUACUUCAUGUGAAUUCUAUAUGGCGUAUGCAGAUUAUGAAGAUCUCAUGACCAUUACUGAAGACUUGAUAUCCGGUUUGGUUAAACAUCUUUUCGGUUCUUACAUGAUUAAAUAUCAUCCAGAUGGAGAAUCAGAUGAGAUCAUUGUCGAUUGUACUCCACCAUUUAAACGUAUCAAUUUUUAUGAUGAUUUAGCUGUUAAACUAAACACUAAACUGCCUCCUCCAGAAACAUUCGAUACGGAAGAGACUCGUCAGUUCUUUUUAAAAAUUGCAGCUCAACAUGGCGUUGAUUGUCCAGAACCAAAAACUACAGCUCGAUUGUUGGAUAAAUUGGCUGGCGAAUUCCUGGAACCUUUAUGUGUUAAUCCAACUUUUCUUACUUGUCAUCCAUCUAUAAUGAGUCCUUUGGCUAAAGAACAUAGAUCUCGUCCGGGUCUGACAGAGCGCUUCGAAUUGUUUAUGCUACAUAAAGAACUAUGUAACGCAUAUACAGAACUAAAUGAUCCUGUUGUACAACGUGAAAGAUUCAUGGAACAGGCUAAAGACAAGGCUGCAGGCGAUUCUGAAGCCAUGGUAUUAGAUGAACAGUUUCUCACAGCUUUAGGUUACGGUCUUCCACCAACUGCAGGUUGGGGUCUUGGUAUUGAUAGACUAACUAUGUUCCUGACAAAUACAAAUAACAUCAAGGAAGUCAUUUUAUUCCCUGCUAUGAAACCUGAAGCCAACAUUGCCGCAUCCUUAAACCCAGUAUCUGAAAAGCCACAAGAUACUAAGCCUUCUGUUUCUGUUAAUAGUCCUGUACCAUUGGAUUUGUCAAGCAACACUAAGAAUUUACCAGAUAAUUCUGCUGUACUUUUGGAAUGCAACAACGUAUCACCUAAAUCAUCAUCACCUCUUCCAACAAAUGUAUCUCCAGUACCAACUUCCAAAUCACAGGAUGUUUCAAGUCCAGAGACUGGUGAAACGCUACCUUCCAGUACAGGUAAGAGUGCUAAAAAGAAGAAAGGACGCCGAUCGUAACCCUGAGAAACUUGUGACUUUUGGUGGAAUAUCUGAGAUAUACAUCAGUGUGUGCUAUAAAUGCAUUUCAUAAGAAUAACCUUUUGCUGUUACGUUUUGGUACAGAUAAAUGUUUAAGGGAUUUUCUUGUCUUUUUUUUUCUGUCCGUCCAAAAAGAUGACAUUUUAUAUACGUUUAUCUUUGUGAUAAAAUGCACGGCUGAUCCUUGUCACAUAAAUGUACCAUCACUGGCCAAACAUUUACAACGCUGGUUUAAAGAAUAAAUUACUACUUGU